AUGGCCUGCGCGGACGUUGUGCUGUAUGUUUGGGUGGACGAUGCCUUUGUGCGUCACCACAAGAAGCUAGUACAGGUGCACUACUUUGUGGAGAUUUUGACCAGGCUUCCGCUUUUAUGCUUGUUGUUGAACAUGGAGUCCGUGGGUUACAUUGCCUUGCUCUCCCUUCUCGCUUGCGAUUUGUCGGCCAGUGUGCUGCUUUUGCUCAUGCCAACGCUCUUGGGCUGGCGCCGGCGAAUGUCCUGCAGACAUGCAUCGAGCCAGGUGGCUAGCGCUGUGAUCAUGUCGGAGAUCUUGUUCUUUGUGAACAUCACAAUGUUUGAUCCACGAGAGGCCUUCCAGGUGAUCAACAUGGGAUUUUACAUCGUGAAGUAUCUGGAAGCGUUCAUUGUGUGUCGAAUCUUGCCCUGGAGCAUCCGGAGCGGCGAGUUCCGAACCACCUUCCAGGAAGUACAAUUGGCGGCAGUGGUUCUCAACGCCUUCCUUGUAUGGGUUGUGGUACCUAAGCUUCGGAGCAUGCAGGAUGCUGCAAUGUCCCAUGCGCGGCAGGACAUGCCACGGCUCUCGGAGCUGGUGCCCCGCGACGAGCGCGACGCUCAUCCUUCGGCCUCGCGGAGCCAAUUCUUCGGCUUGCCGGAGACCAUCGCCCUGGAGUUGAGCACCGUUGGAAGCCCUCAGCACGUGGUGCGGGAGAACCGUGUGGAAAGUGCACGUUUGGAGCUUCUGGGGGACAUGCUGGAGGGUCUGUGUCUGACGAGUGAAGCACAAAGUGAUCGCAAUCGUCCAGCUGUGGCCCGGAGCACGGUGGCCGAUGUCCUUUGGUCAUUGGUUCUACCCUGGAGUGGCGAAUAUGUGGAGUCUACAUCGGGUGGACGCAUCUGGCUGGAGAUCUUGGAUCCGGAACGGGGUGCCAUACUCAUCCGUCGCGAGAGAUCCAGCUCCGAUCCAGAUCCCUCCGUCGGCAGAUGGGUGGAAUCCCUCGGCGUGGUGUUCCAGGGCACGGCCAUUGAAGCAGUGCUCGAUGUGGCAGAAGGCCGUGUGCUUGGAACCCACACAGGCGAAGAGAUCCGAUUUGCGGAUGCCAAUGGGACCAUUUGGAGACGAGGAAUUGUCGAGGGCAGCUCGGGCAGCUCGGGCUCGAGCAGUUCAAGUAGUUCAAGUAGCUCGGGUGCCAGAGAGCAAGAAAGUGCUGCCAGGGAAGUUCUGCGGCUUGUGCUCACACAAGUGCUCCUCUCAUUGCGCUGGGAGCCUACCUUUUUGGGCUUGGGUGUCGUCGGUGCAGGCAAAGCCAAGGCUGGGGAUUUGGUGGCAAUAGAUGCUGCACGACGACCCUUGCUGAGUUUUCUCCUUCGCUACGCUAUUGGAACGCAUGACCUCAGCUUUAUUUCAGAGAUCUACUGGUCUUUGUGGUGCUUGUCCCAGGACUACCUUGACCCAAACCGUGCAGCUUAUGACAAAGCGCGUUGGGUGUUGAUCAAUGCUUUGGAGGGAAAUAUUGAGUUCUGGGACAGCAUUCGUGGCGUUCAGCUCGAUCAAUGGGCGAUUCAAAACAAGUCUGGGAAGUCGAAUCCGGAAGCGGAUGCCGACAAAGCCUUCAGAGAUAAAGCUCUUGGCUUGAUUGCUCAACAGGCAGCUUUGUGGCAGCAAACGAUGCAACUGGCUGCCCUUGGCAGGGAAACUGCUGGUGACACAGCUGAAAAGACCAGAGCUAUUCGCCAUCGCUUGCAUGAAAUGAAGCAGCGCGAGGAUCAGGCCACAGACCCAGAGGAGAGGUACUUGGUGUAUUUGGAGGAUAGCUACCUACUGGAGCGCUUGGAGGUCGACGCGAGCUUGUUAGCCGCAACGCAAGCAGCAAGUUUAGUGAGACAGCCCCGCGACUUUCGCUCUACGCCUGUUGAUCCCAGCGUGCCCUUCCUUGGGGUCAACAUUGGCGAAAUCUUGAAAUCCAAUGCGGCACCGCUGUUGCUGGGCUGUUUGCAGGAACCCGACUCUGGCUGUGGUCUGGACUUGGAAGCCGGUGACGGAAUGCGACGAACGAGGCAAGCUUUGACUGGACCGCAGGUGGACCGCUACAUGGUGAAGGUGGGUGAUGACUUACGACAGGAUCAGCUGGUUCUUCAAAUGCUCCACCUGAUGGAGUUGGUCUGGCAGGAACGUCUACCGAAAGAAGAGAACGACAUGCUGCGCUUCGUGCCAUACAGAGUUCUGGCCAUGACCCCAUCAGGUGGCUACAUCAAGUUUGUACCUGGCGCAGUGUCUUUGUCCAAAGCUCUGGCCCAAAGCAACGGGGAUUUGAUGUCAUGGUUCUCUUCAAACCUUCCCGAGCACAUGACAAAAGACCAGGUUCUGAACAACUUGUGUGGAAGUGCUGCAGCCUACUGCGUGGCCACCUACGCUCAGCCCUCAGAUCGACGAGCUGAAAUUUCGCCGUGCGAACACCGUGAGUUGGUGCGAACACCCACGCGCCGGCCGCUAAGCCGCUGUCGGAUGCACCGGGCUCACCGGGGGCCUUGGAGACCCAAACCCACGCGCUGGGCCGUCGUGGCCCUGGCCUUGGGCCGCCGCGCCUGGGUGACGACGCUGUCGGAGGAGUUCGGACGUCGCUGGGCGCCCCUGGCCGCUGCGUUGGCCCGGCCCAAGCGCUACGCUGACGAGUUCCUGGGAUCUCGUGGCUUUCAUCGACUGCCGGGGCUCGCCGGAGCAGCCCACCUCUACGGUUGGGCUGGUGAAAGCGAAAGCGAAGACGAGCGCUGGCUGCCAAAGCCACCCACGUGUCCCAAGACGGGGCUCAAGAUGUAUUAUCCUUUGGAUUUGGCUUCUGCUAUGCCCGUGCUAUCUCUCAUCAACCAGACGGAGCAAAGCACAGGCCGGUCCACAGAGGUUGUAGUGGAUACUUGUGCUGCUCCUGGUGGAAAGUUCUUGGUAAUGGCUGGCUUUUACCUACCUUCCACUUCCGCCAGACUGAUUGCCAUCGAGUGGGACAACUUCCGCUUGAGCCGCUUCAAGCAAAACCUGCGGCUGUACUUGCCAUCUGAUCUACGAAAGAGCGCCCGCUUGACCGUUCGUCGUGGCGAUGCUUCCAAGAUCCUGAGCCAACUUCCGAAUGGUCCCUUUGAUGCCGUGCUGGUGGAUGCCCCUUGCAGCUCCGAACGGGAACGUCUCUUACGGGCCAAUGGCAGACCGGUCAACAUUCCCGGUCUAAAGGAGGUCUUGGAGAAGAGCACAGGGACGGUCGUGGGUGACACCCCUGGCUUCAGUGACAUCCCUGGAGUGGAGCUGGAGUGCACCAGGCUGAUUCGAGACCCCAAGAAGAACGUUCUCUUCUUCGAUUUGUGGAUCUCCCGUUGGCUGUGGAAAGGAAGACCGUCCAGUUUUGAGGAAAGGAAGACCGUGCCGACCGUGCUUGGGAUUGGAGAUCGCCACCUGGACAACCUGCAAAUUACGCCUGAGGGGCAUUUCUUCCACAUCGACUUCGGCUUCAUCUUCGGAGAAGACCCAAAGCCCUUUGCGCCCCGGCUACGGUUGCCACAGCAGAUUGCCAGCGUGCUCAUGAAGGAGGCUGACCAUGGGACGUCUGGUACUUUGUUGGACCGAUGUUUUCAUCUGGCUGGCCGCGCCUACAUCGCACUACGCCGAUCCAUGACCUUGUGGGUGUCCCUUUUGCGGGUCACUGGGCGGGCUGGUGGUGCUGGCUGCGCUUGCCUUCGACAAGAUGCCAAUGCAGCUGUUGUCGUGGUAACAGACCGUCUCCGCAGCGAUCUCGGCGGCUAUGAGGAGUUCGGCUUUUCGUCGUUGACGAACACGUUGUUCAACAUGGUUCUUUUUGCAUCCUGGUGGGUGUAUCUCGAUCCUGCUGAACUGACGUGUGUGGGCGUCCUGGUCCCGAAAAAUGCCCACCGGGACCUGAACAGUUGA